CUUCACUCUACUAGGCCUUAUGUGAGAUGUAUCUUGCUUAGUGAGGUGAAAACAGUCUUUUUUUCUUGUCUUGUUUUGCAAUCGGUUGCAGAUUGAAUGUGCCUAAGUUUUCGAUGAUUUGUCACCUAAAAUCGAAAAUAUACACUGAACAACAUCCGCUUGGUUUAUUACAAUGUCAUUACUGCCGCCCUUGGUGCCAUCUUGCACUUUUCUUUCAAACGAAAGUUGACAAGACAAAGUAUCAUUCACAAAGUCGUUUUUCCUCGUCUCCCAAAUGACAUUUGAACUCCUCGUCGUUCUUCGUGGCUUGUACGAUGGCUAUAAAACCCGUCUUUUAAGCUCGAGUCCAGUCGCCACGAACAUGUCCAGACGCAGUGAUCGCAUCACCCUUCAAGCCAGAGACUCAAACACGCUGGAACCCACGCCCAGAGCGCCACUGAGGAAAAGAAAGUGCGAGCAGCCCUCCAAGAAGAGUCAACCCGCUGCAAAGAAACAAAGCUGCUAUGAAAUUCAGAAGUGUUGGUCGGACGAAGGAGCGAGUCCGUGCGUCCUCAUCGAGACGCCGCACAAAGAACUGGAACCCGCCGACCUUGCCGGCUUCAAGCAAUACCGUUUCAAGAACCUCUUCAUCAAGCCCUCGCCCCUCCCUUGUCUCAGUUGGGCCAGCUCGGACGACGUGUGGAUCAAGAUGCUCAACAAGGAGCUCAAGUACGUUCACGACAAGAAUUACCUGCAGAGACACCAAAAGCUGCAGCCCAGCAUGAGGGCCAUCCUCCUCGACUGGUUACUUGAGGUGAGCGAAGUGUACUGCCUCCACCGGCAAACGGCGUACUUGGCGCAGGACUUCUUUGACCGCUUCAUGCUGACUCAGGAGGACGUCAACAAGGACUACCUGCAACUCAUCGGCAUCACCGCGCUCUUCAUCGCCUCCAAGAUCGAGGAGAUCUACCCUCCUAAAAUUGGCGAGUUUGCCUACGUGACGGAUGGCGCCUGCGACACGUGGGACAUCCGCCGCACCGAGCUUCAAAUCCUCAAGGCAUUAGACUGGAAUCUUUGCCCGGAGACUCCCAUCUCUUGGCUCAAGCUUUACGCUCAAGUGGAGGCCCAGAACGGCGAUGAGAACUUUCUUGUGCCGCAGUUCUCACAGGAAAUAUACAUUCAGAUGACGCAGCUGUUGGACUUGUGCAUAAUGGAUAUCCGCUCGUUGGACUUUAGCUACAGCGUCCUCGCCGCCGCCGCCUUCUGUCACUUCUCCACCUUCGACGUCGUCAACAAAGUGUCCGGUCUGACGUGGGAAAGCGUGUCGGAGUGCGUGCGGUGGAUGAGCCCCUUUGUGGACACGCUGCGCUCGGAGGCCAAACCCGAGCUCAAGACUUUCGCCAGAGUGAAGACUGAAGACCGACACAACAUCCAGACGCACGUUACCUACUUGGACUUCCUGAGAAAAGCUCAAGAGCGCCACACUCAGGAUGUCAGCAACUGCCCGCUUUCGCCCGUGGUUGCCAUGGCAACCGUCUUGACACCACCCAGCAGCACGGAGAAACCGACUAAUCACUGAGUGGGAGAGGGAUCUUGGCAGCCUUUUUUUUUAGCAGCCAAAAAAAAAAAACAAGUUGAAUUUAAAGACAUGAAAUGAGAUUUUUUUGCGAAAGACUUCCUGGUGCUUCUUCAUUUUGUCCUUCCAUCCCAUUGGCAGCGUGGGGAACAUGCAGCUUUGUGGUCACUGGCGAUCACUCAUUUUGUGUGUUUCUCGUGACUGUUUCGUUCCUGGAAACUUGACUUGAGCCAUUGCUGCUGCUUACACGCUACUACGGGCUCGUAUUUAUUGAAUUUAAAGAAGAAAAAAAAUGAAUCGGACGCUUGAGAGCUAUUUAUGACUUUUGUCUGUGCCUUGAGAUGUUCAGCCAUUUUCUUUUGUGUACAUAGUUCCAUUUUUUUGGAAAUGUUCUUUUACAGAAUAUUGGAAUCUUUUAAAUAAAAAAAUAAAUCGAU